GUAGUGUUGAGCAACUGUGCAGGGCGUAGAAGGCUUUAGUGUCCUUGGUUUUACAAAUUUACGUGUUUCUCUGUGGAAGAUGACCAUCAAAACUUUCUCAAUUGAAUAUGAUGCCAUCAAUAGCAAGAACACCUUCACAAAUGGAGAUACCAUUAAUGGAAGAAUCAUUAUUGAGACUUCUAAAGAAAUCAGAAUCCAAUUGCUGAUUUUUAUUGCACAAGGAAAAGCUCGGGUUUGCUGGAGUGAACAUUAUGGACAAUAUCAACAUUAUGUUUACUGGGCUGAUGAGAAAUAUUAUGAUGUCAAACAUCAUAUCUUGAGGGAAGCAAGACAGGAUGGCACUGGAGUCAUUGGUAAAGGAAGACACGUAUUUCCUUUUUCCUUCAAGAUUCCUGACAGAAAACUCCCAUCAUCCUUCAAAACCUCCAUAGGCAAAAUUGUCCAUAAGCUGAAGGCAGAGCUCCAUCAGUCAAUGAAGCUUACAAAAAAGGCCAAAGUCCACUUCACAUUUGUCUCCAAAGCAGACAUGGAUAUACCUGGACUUAUGGAACCUCAGUAUGGCUGCAAGGAUAAAAGUGUCAAAGUUUUUGGCUCUGGAAACAUUUCAAUGGAUGUUCACACCACGCGGAUGGGAUACAAGCAAGGCGAGGGUCUUCAAGUCACACUUGAUGUCACCAACCACUCAAGUCGCGCGGUGAAGCCCAAAUUCAUACUGUAUGAGAAAAAGAGUUUCUUUGCCCAGGGUCGCAGGAAGGUUUGCACAAAUGAGAUCCUUAAGGAGAAGGCUGAGGCUGUUGCAUCCUCCAGCAAAGAGACUGUGACCAAGGUGAUCUCCAUCCCUAGAGAACUACCUCCCUCUAUCUUGAACUGCUCCAUCAUCAAGCUAGAGUACAGACUGAAGAUCCAUCUGGAUAUCAAAUAUACUUCAGACCCAGAGAUCAAACUCCCUAUAGUUAUCCUACCUGAGGUUCCUGCUGUAAAACAACCACCUGCUCCUGCUGGCUUUGGAUUUGAAGCAUUUGGGAGCCCAAACCAACCAGUCUGGAACACCACACCACAACAAGGACCCCAACCUAUGGAUCCCCCACCUCCCUAUGGAGCAUAUGCAAUGUACCCCCCCAAUUCUCACUCUGAUAAAGAUAGCUAUGGAUUUUAAAUACCUCCGUUAAAAGAGUAUGCCACCAGUAUCAAACUCCAUGCAGCAGAGCCAGAGACAUCAUCUUAUUUAUUCCAUGCAUUCCUUUUCCUUGUCAAAAUGUGCUGCCUGUGUUACCCACAAUGCAACUUGGCCGUGACAGAUCAGUUGGAGACCUGUGUGUGUUAUGUUGCAGCAGUAGUUGUCCCCAGGACCUGUAGCCAGACAUUUAGAAGACAUAUAGAAUAUAGAAAUACAAAGCUAAUCUUAGGAUGCAGAUGGUUAUAUUGUAUGUGUUUAAUAUCCAGGAAACAUUGUACAUAAGUAGUUGUGGUCACUGUAAAUAAUGACUGGAAUCACUUUUUACGUGGCAAAACAUGUUCAAUAUUAGAUAAUUAUAAAUUGCAAUUUGUAGAUGGUGUAAAAUAUAUAACCAAAUGAGUUGUAAAAAUAAUAAAACAAUAAAAACAAACA